AUGGCUCUUGCUGUCCUCUUGGCAGUGAUCCUGGGACUUCUUAUUCUUAAGGCUGUUUUGUUUCAGAUGAGAAACCCGAGCUCUCCUCCUUGCAUCGGGAGCUGGAUCCCUUGGUUUGGAGCUGCGUUUCAGUUUGGGAAAGCUCCUCUGGAGUUUAUAGAGCAAGCUAGAAGCAAGCAUGGGCCUGUCUUCACAAUAUUCACUCUGGGAAAAUGGUUUACUUUUGUGACUGAGGAAGAAGGCACUGAAGCAUUUUUUAAAUCUAAAGACUUAAAUUUUGAACAGGCUGUCCAACAAGCUGUUGAGAAUGCAGUUUCUGUUCCUGCAGAAGCAUUUUAUCAGAACCAUAGUAACAUCUACAGCAUGAUGAAGGGAAAAAUGGGUCCUUCCAAUGUGUACAUGUUUAUGGACACCUUGUGUAUGGAAUUACGUGAGCACAUGGGACACCUGGGCACAGAGGGCACAGGCGACCUCAAUGACCUGGUAAGGCACGUCAUGUAUCCAGCUGUGGUGAACACUUUGUUUGGGAAAGGCAUCUGCCCGACAAGUCAGAGUGAAAUCAAGGAGUCUGAAGAACAUUUUCAGAAGUAUGAUGAGGACUUUGAAUACACUUCUCAGAUGCCUGAGUGCUUCCUGAGGAACUGAUCUAAAUCCAAAAAAUGGCUUCUAAAAUUAUUUGAGAAAGUAGUGUCAGAUGCUGAAAGGACCAACCCUUCAGAGACCACAUCCAAGACACUACUGCAACAUCUCCUGGAUACCUUGCAAGGAAAACACCUGGCUGCCAAAUAUGGUCUCCUAAUGCUCUGGGCUUCCCAAGCAAAUGCUGUCCCU